UAGAGCACUCACUGCGUACAGACAUGCGUCAGAGCGUAAACAUUGCGCGUUCUCUUCUAAUACCAUCACAUCUCCCAUUUAUGGCUAUUUAGAAAGAAGGAUUUACGCACAUUAAACGGAAACCAUGAGUACCGUGUUCUGCGGUGUUUUGCUUGUGUUUUGCUCUCUGGCUCUUUGCAUGGACUUUGAAGAGCGUCCCAGCUCCUGGAAGAGUGAACACAACAUGUUUCAAAAGAGUCACAAAUCACGGAAUGUGCAAACUUUGAGAGGUUUCCAGCAUUCAGACCAUGUGAGGAUGAAAAGAAGUGAAGAAUCAGCUCGGAAUCAGUGUCAUUCAUUGCACGGAUAUGAAUCUACAUUACUAAACAAUACUCAUACGUAUAACUUCAACGAUCUGAGUGGGUCCGUAUCUCUGGCCUGGGUUGGAGAUGGAACGGGAGUGAUGCUGGUGCUCACCACGUUUCAAGUUCCUCUUUUUAUCAUGCGCUUUGGUCAGUCAAGACUUUACAGAAGUGAAGACUAUGGAAAGACUUUCCAGGACAUCACCGACCUCAUUAAUAAUACCUUCAUACAGACUGAAUUUGGGAUCGCGAUUGGUCCGGCUAAUUCUGGGAAGGUAAUCCUGACAGGAGAUCUCACCGAGGGAAGAGUCACCAAAAUCUUCCGUUCGCUUGACUUUGGGGAAACCUUUAUGACCUCUGAGCUUCCUUUUCAUCCCUUAAUGCAGAUCACCUAUAACCCUCGAGACAGCAACAUCCUCAUGGUCUACAGCACCAAUUAUGACUUGUGGUUGUCAGAGGAUUUUGGAGCCAGCUGGAAGAAGAUCCAUGCGACAGUUUGUCUUGUGAAAUGGGGAAAUGAUAACACCAUUUUCUUAACCACAAACCCCAACGGAUCCUGCAGUGAUCGGGGAAGGCUAGAAUUGAGAAAAUCUUUGGACUACGGCAAAAUGUUUAAGACCAUUGGAAACAGGAUUUAUUCUUUCGGUCUGGGUGGACGUUUCAUUUACGCUUCAGUAACGACUGAGUCGGGCUCCACUCGCAUGAUUCACGUGUCGGCAGAUCAGGGAGAGACGUGGGACAUGGCUCAGCUGCCUAUUGUUGGCCACGAACAAUUCUACUCCAUCCUGGCUGCGAACAACGACAUGGUGUUCAUGCACGUAGAUGAAGCUGGAGAUUCGGGUAUCGGUACCAUCUACGUCUCUGAUGACCGGGGCACAGUGUUUUCCAAAUCCCUGGACCGCCAUUUGUACACCACGACGGGCGGAGACACAGACUUCACCAACAUCGCCUCUCUGAGAGGGGUGUACAUGACUAGUGUGCUUGCCGAAGACGGCUCUGUGCAGUCCGUGAUCACGUUUAAUCAGGGAGGGGUAUGGAGACCCCUGCAGAAGCCCUGGAAUGGGAUGUGUGACUCCACAACUGAUCAGCCAGACAAGUGUAGUCUGCAUAUCCACGGAUCCUACAGCAUCUCUAUGAAGCUGAACGUUCCCAUGCAGCCCCUCGCCGAGUCGAAUGCUGUGGGGCUCAUAUUGGCACACGGGAGCGUGGGAGGAGCCAUCUCUGUGCUUUCUCCGGACGUAUACGCAUCAGAUGACGGCGGAUACACGUGGUUUCUGGCGCUGAAAGGCCCCCACCACUACGCCAUCCUAGAUUCAGGGGGGCUGCUGGUAGCUGUGGAACACAACCCAUCACAUCCCAUCUCACAGAUCAAAUUUUCCACUGAUGAAGGUCAGUGUUGGCAUGUGUAUAAUUUCACGGAAGACCCGAUAUACUUUACUGGCUUGGCGUCAGAACCCGGUGCCCGUUCCAUGAACAUCAGUCUGUGGGGCUAUAGAGAAACAGUUCUGAAUCAGUACUGGGUUUCAGUUACUGUAGACUUCAGACGAUUAAUUUCAAAAAUCUGUCAGGAGGGUGAUUACGUUCAAUGGCUCGCUCACUCGAGUGACAUUAAUGACCCCACUGAUGGCUGCAUGCUUGGAUACAAGGAGAGGUUUCUACGGUUACGACAGGAUUCUGUCUGCUGGAAUGGCCGGGAUUACACGGUCACCAAGGAGCCCACCACGUGCCCCUGUACCCUAGAAGACUUUCAAUGCGACUUUGGGUUCUAUCAUCCGGAAAACAGCUCUAAGUGCGUGGAGCAACCCAACCUCGUCGGUCAUUCAUUGGAAUUCUGUCUUCACGGACGCAAAGAGCAACUUCAGACGAGCGGCUACAGGAAGAUUCCAGGAGAUCUCUGUAAAGCAGGAAUAACUCCAGAGAGAAAAGAGAUCGAUCUGAGCAAGAAGUGUGUCAGUACCUUGCUUAGACCAGAACUACUGACAGAGUCUCACUCUGUAAAUUCAGCUCCGAUAAUAGCGGUGGUCAUCGUGGUUCUGUUGAUCAGCGCCGUCGCUGGAGUGAUCUUCGUCAAAAAAUAUGUCUGUGGAGGAAGGUUCUUGGUACACAGGUACUCUGUUUUACAGCAGCACGCUGAAGCUAAUGGAAUCGAAGGUGUGGAUGACCUGGACACGUUAGAGGUCGGCAAGUCGCACUACCGUGAUGAUUCAGAUGAGGAGCUCCUGGAGUGACAGACGUGUGGGUCAUAACCAUGGACUCUAUCCAGUUCUAUCCGAUGCCCAACCUUCCCAUGACUUGUGUGUUUAUAUCUGCGUCCAAUCCCUGGCGGAUAACGACACACAUUCUGACUUUAAUGUGUCUUUCCAAUCGGCUCUGAACAAACCUUUCUUCUUUUUAUGGAGUCCGACAAGACUUCAGCACAAUCACGGAGGACAGAAAUGUAGAGCUGAGAGUUUUCUGAACUGUUGAAAAAUAUUUUUAGCAUUUCGUGUUAUGAAGUCGUGUGCACUAAAGGAGAUGCGAAUUUUAAUCAGAGGUUACUAUACUUUGCAAGUUAAAGUGAAUUUGACACAUGGCUUGCUGGGAAUCAACAAAAAUAAUCACGAAAUACCACAGUUGUGUGAGUAUUAUUUAACAUCACAUUGCUGCGUCAGGUAUUUAACUUCGCCAAAGGAUCUUUCUGCUUUCUUGAUAUUAAGAAACUAGUUCGAAGACUUCUUAACAUCCUUGGUUUUUGAAGUCCAAUGUGAAAAGAGAAGCAUCUUUAGAAAAUAGCAUGUUCGUGGUUGCCGGCGGUUAUUGUUUAAGCGAAUUGUCUUUUCAAUCCCAGAAUUAGGCUAAGCUUCACCUUUGGACGAUUUGGAGUUUAGUUAGGUACUUUAUUAAACUAACACUCUGGGAGAUUGACAAUUACAAGCUAGAAACUUGUUUAGCUAACACUCGAUUUUAUUUCAUAAAUCAACACUUGUUUUGUGUUUUGCUGGUGACCUUCAUUGCCGUUCUGUCUGGUUCUCCAUCAUUGCUUAGUUAUAUUAUUUAUGGCAUACAGUUAGCUUUUCACAAAUGAGACAACCAUCCUUCCAUUUGAGUAUUGCCAUAACAAACAUUACCAGUGUUAUUUACUGUUUUGAAUGUCAUAUUGUAAACAAGGAAGGAAAAGAUUCGAUCACCUUUAAAAAGUAUGUUAAAUAUAACAGCAAUGCAGUAUAAGUCAGCAAUAGUUAUAUUUAAAGACAAAAUGUUUAAGGGUAACAUCCAUUAAGAUGUUGACAAUGAUAAAUGUACAUUAAUCAGCAGGCUAAUCCAUUAUAAAAAUGCAUCUUUUGUCGGAAUUGCUUUGACUGUCAACAUAAAUAAGCUCAUGUGUAGCGUUUAAGGUGAUUAAGUGCAGAUCUUUGCACUCCUAAUAAAAUAGAUACCUCAGGGCUGUAGAUGACAUGGACCACACAUUUCAAUGAUGCAAAAGAGAGAUCUUCAUGUUUGUUUUCAACGUGGAUUUCCAAGGUCAACGUGUAAAAUGCUGUGAUAUUAAUGUGACCAAGAACAAUAAAAAAUAUUUUCUAAGUCGA